AUGACGGCGACGUGGGCGUCGUCGGCGUACUCGGCGGGCACGGGGCAGAUUGCGCGCGAGUUCGGCGUGGGCACGCAGGUCGCGACGCUGGGCACGACGCUGUACCUGUUUGGCUUCGGGCUCGGGCCGCUGCUGUGGGCGCCGCUCAGCGAGGUCUACGGGCGCCGCGUCGCCGUCCUGGCGCCCAUGUUUGUCGCCGUGUGCUUCAGCUUCGGCAGCGCCGCGGCCAAGGACCUGCAGACGCUGAUGCUGACGCGCUUCUUUGGCGCGUUUUUCGCCUCGGCGCCCGUCACCAACACGGGCGGCGUGCUGGGGGACCUGUACACGCCGGCGUGGAGGGGGAUCGCCAUGGCGGGCUAUGCCAUGGCCGUCGUCGGCGGUCCGGUGCUGGGACCCAUCGUCUCGGCCGCCGUCGUCGAGCAGCCGUCCCUCGGCUGGCGCUGGACCGAGUACCUCACGGGCAUCCUCCAGGUGGUGGUGCUCGGCGCGGCGCUCGUCUUCAUCGACGAGAGCUACCCGCCCAAGCUGCUCGUCUACAAGGCGCGGCGGCUGCGGCACGACACGGGCAACUGGGCGCUGCACGCGCAGUUCGAGGAAUGGGACGUGGGCGUGGGCGAGCUGGCGCGCAAGUUCCUCCUGCGGCCGGUGCAGCUCCUCUGCACGCCCAUCUGCUUCCUGAUGGCGCUCUACGCCAGCUUCUGCUACGGCAUCCUGUACAUGCAGCUGGGGGCCAUCCCCAUCGUCUUCGGCGAGCUGCGCGGGUGGCGGCCGCUGGUGGCGACGCUGCCGUUCCUGAGCAUCCUCGCCGGCGCCGCGCUCGGCUGCGGCCUCAACGUGUACAACCAGACGCUGUACAACCGCGCCUACCACGCCGCCGGCGACCGCGCCGUGCCCGAGAAGCGCCUGCCGCCCAUGAUGCUGGGCUCGCUGCUCUUCAGCGCCGGCCAGUUCGUGCUCGGCUGGACCGCGCGCCCGUCCGUCCCCUGGAUCGCGCCGUGCCUCGGCCUCGCCAUGCUCGGCGCCGGCUUCUUCACCAUCUUCCAGGCCGCGCUCAACUACCUCGUCGACACGUUCCAGGCCCACGCCGCCUCGGCCGUCGCCGCAAACACCUUUCUGCGCUCGUGCUUUGCCGGCGCCUUCCCGCUCGUCGUCGGCCCGCUGUACCACAACCUCGGCGUCGGGCCGGGGUCCAGCAUCACCGCCGGGUUUGCGGCGCUGCUGAUCCCCGUGCCCUUUGUGUUUUACCGGUACGGCCGCCGCGUGCGCGCCAAGUCCAAGUGGUCUCGGAAAUCCGUCUUUUGA